GAGAAAGAUAAUGCAGUGGUCGUAGCGAAAGAGCUGAAGAAACAAAAACUCAAAAAUUAUUGAAUCUGAACUUUGCUCGUCGGUCUCUAUUCGUAUUUGUCGUCUCAGCGCCAGAGUCUGCGUCUCGGUCGUUUAUUGUGUCGGGUGGAGCUGGUCGUUUUCUUGUAUCAAUAUCAUAGCUUGUGUGAUGAAGAGACGAGGAGAGCGACUUCUUGGAUGAAAAAAAUCGAAGGGUCGUGUUGCAAUCUUUUUCUAUUACUCAGUCAAAGGUGGAUAAUUUCUGCCGAUCUGGUGCUCAAUGCGACUCCACCCGUCGUCGGCAGGCAUACCGGAUAUCACUGGGAUCACCCUGCCGGCGGUCUUGGCAUACAAAAAAAACCAGGGCUGAGGCAGAACCCCCCGCAAUCUACAUCUAAACUCUCUUGACUUCCUCCCGAAAAACCAACCUCCUCCCACAUAAACAUCGACCCUGGCCGAACAAGGAACUGACUACUGCUCCUCCAAUCCGAAAAGAUCGACAAUGUGAUCGAAAUCCAAGAAACUUUGUUUCGUACUACACAAGCCACAACGGACAACAACUCCAUCCAUCCAAUUCCCACCAACCUCAUCAAUGGUAGUAAAUAGAUGAACCCAUGCAUCAAGAAAUUGUCCUCUUGUUGAUUGUUGUUGAACUGUAGUUGAGGAACUUCUGAAAUAAGAAAAAGUAUGGGUGCCAACACAGGGGUGGACGAGUCGCUCUUCGGAGCGAAGAAGACGAGCAAGAAGCCCCUCUCUGAUGUCCUCAUAGUAGGCAAGGACACUAUCCAGAAGGACCGCAGGAUGCAGACACAAGCAGCGACUGCUACGGUACCAAUCUGAUACGAUGAAAAUGCCUAGCGCCACAGGCAACAGCUAUUUUUGUCCGAAGAGGAAGAGAACACAACCAGCAUCUAUUUCCUGUCACACAAUAGAACUACUAGUACCUUUACUACAGAUUAUCUAGCAUACCAAAUUAUAUCUUCCCGAACUACAAGUAGACACAAUCACAAUCCAAACCAAAACCUAACUUCUAUCCAGGUCGACUCCUCGAUGCUUGCUACAGUGAUAGCAGCAUCAGACCUGAACCGAAUCAAAGAUAGCACAAAGCUCGUAUCCAAAGCGUCUGAAGCCGCGCAAAAGAGAAUCGCUGGAGCCGCUAAGGCCGAAAAAGAGGCCAAGAGCAAAGCAAGAAAGGAGAAGAUGGUACUCAUAAGUUUCGUGCAGAUGUUGGUGUAUGUGUAGUUUCUGUGUCAAUUGUGCAACAUUAUUCUCAUUCCAAACUACCUAGAGUAAGUAAUUGCACACCUUAGUAUGAACCUAGUAAGAAUAGGAAUACCAAAAACAACCUCUAGAAUUAGAGAGAAGAAAGUAAAAUAAAUACUAAAACAACCAGCUCUAGAAUUAUUAGAGACAAGUAAGAACUCACUGAUAAAACCAAAAACAACCUUCUACCUGAAUAUCCACCAUGAUUGAUUGCACUCCCAUUCCCACCACCUCCAACCAGCUCCUUAUGGAAGAGGAGCGAAAGAUGAAGAUGGCGAUGCAGAUGACGGAUUUUGAGAAGGAGGAGCAGGCUAGUACCAACGGACUCCUCCAAAAAGCCAAGGACAAGAUGGAUGAAAGCCAUGACGACGUGAAGCAUAUGAACCAGAUGAUGAUGUAUUCCAAGGUAGUAACGAUCCGUGAUGCGCAAGUCCAGGAGAAGAGGUACGAUUUAGACAGAAGUCUUCUUCUUGCAUAAGCAAUUCCAGUACCUUGAUGCAUAAUUUCCGUACUACCGGUGGUUCUCGCACUAAGUAAGUACUCGAAUAAAACUGAAAAUAACCGAGUUACUGACUGAAAUAAGGGAGGUAGCUUUGACAGGGCUACUCUUCCUUCUUCAGUAUCUCGCUUAUUUUCAGUAGUUACUCGCUUAAUAUUUCAGUUUUUCGAACACUUGCAUGAUCCUUUUCCUUCCACUCUAUUGAAUCAACGUCCUUUAGUUGAAGAGCAUGAUCGCCCUUUUCAUCAUCGUCCUUUUCCUUCGCACUGAAUGUCCUUCCUCCUUCUCGACUUUGCUUCCCUCAGGUAUAUCCAUCAGGAGCGAGAGGAGGAGGAAUCUCAACUCGACACUAUGAUGGAGAUUGAGCGACUCAAAGCCUUAAAGAUGUAUGAGGAAAGAAAUAAGGCAAGAGCCAUUGACCAGCGAAAGGGAGCACAGGUAAAAGAUCAUGAAGAUGCUGCUUUGUUCAUUUAGGGCUUAGGGCUGGCUCUUAAUCACUUUGUUAGUCGCCGUCUACUUAGUCCACACAUAUCAUUUUUUGACCUGACCACCCCCACCCGCCCAGCGUACUAGUACAACGAACUGAUAGUUCUACUUUCAGCACACUGAUUGACUCAUUACUAAUCAUGAAAGAACAAGAACUUUCUCCCCAAUCAAACAAUCGUCUAUCUUUUUCAGGUGAUCAUCGAACAAAUCAAGGAUCGACAGACUCAAAGGUUGCGUGAGGAGGAGGCUAGAGACCAAGAACGAAGCUUCAUCCUCAAGCAAAUACAAGCCAUGAAGCAGGAAGAAAUUGAACUUCAAAAUUAUGGCAAAUUAUGUUACAACUGUUAGUUCAAGUUCGUCAUGAAGAUUUAUCCGCUUGUAGAAAUAUAGCGUGGGUGUAUAGGGAUAAUUUAUGAAAGUGACUUUCUUGAGAAGAUUGGCGGGUAAUGACGCUAGGUAGGUAUGGAAGCAUCUAACUCAGUCGUACUAAUUCAAGAACUACAUACUUUGACUUACUACCUGAGAGAUUAAGUAAGUAACUUAUGUUUAUCCCACAUCCUCCUCCUCGCUCCCUCUCUAAAAAUCAGCGAAAAAAGUCGCCGCAUCCAAGCUUAUGGCAGAGGUCGCAGUAGCAAACGCAGCCACGAUGAAGAUAAAAGAAGAGAAGAUCCUCGCAGAGCGACUGGAUGAUCAACAGAUUCUCUUAUGGAAUGGUCGAUUUUUCUGACAUCACCUACACCUACUAUAUCGAUGAGUUCAUUGCCUAAGUAGUUCAUUCUCAUCUGACAACAAUCAUUGCUGAGAUUCUACUUAUAACUUGAAUCUAUGAACAUGCUACGUAGAAGAUGUAGUUCUACAUCUUCACAACACACUCUUCUGAACAAAAAGUACAAGAACUUGAACACGCUCUUCUAAUCUCCGAAUACCAAAGAGCAAAGGAGUUGCGCGAACGUGAAAUCGAGGAGGAGAAGAAGAAGGUAGCAGCUGAGAGGGAAGCUGAGACCGCAAAGCUACGUGCUGCACAAGAGAAGGCUGCUGACAAAGCUGCGGAAAUGGUAACGUUUCUUAGAUGCUAACGUCAAUCGCAAUCUUUACUGUGUAAACUACAUUUUUUGUAAUAAACUACAACUAGAACAACUACCUUAGAAAUUUUCCUAGUUAAUAGGCUGGGGCUGGCUCCACCAACUACUUACAACCUCUUUUGUAAACUACAACUACAACAUGAAGAACAUGAUCAAGAACAGCUUCACCGAAUUCAACAUAUUUCGAUCGAUAGAGGCCCUUACUCCCAAGCAAAUAUAAUAAGAAAAGUGAGUGCAAAUUGUGGAGAUCAUUGCCUCCUUCCUCCCUCAAUAGGACGCUCUCCGUGCCAAGCGCGCAUUUGAGGCUGCAGAACGUGCCGCUCGUGGCAAGGAGCAGCAGGAGCGAGCACGAGUUUCCGCUAUCAAUGAGGAGUUGUCCGUCGCACGCAAACGACAGACUGCUGAAAAAGAAAGACGCUUAGCGGAACAGGCUAAGGCAGAACGGGAUGAGUUCGACCGCAUCAUCGAAGUGCAGAUACAGCAAGAGCAAGCAGAACGAACCAAACAAGCGGAUGAGAAGAAGGCCAGGUAUUCAAGAUCUCUUCUUGAUGGGAUUGUGUAUUUUUUGAGAGGUAGAGGAGGAAACAGAACAUCGAUGAGCAAAAGUAGAGAUCAUAUAACUACAACACUUCUUCUUCCGCCACUUCUAUCUUCCCCAACAGAUACCUCCACUGCGACGAGUUGCGUCAGCAGAUCGCUGCUGGCGAAGAACGACAGUUACAGCAACGCCGAAACGCCCUCGAAGAAGGCAACAACGUUCGAUCAGAGCUCGCGGCUGAACGUAGGAAACUCGAGAAGAUCAAGACAAAGAAGAUCGAGGAACUCAAGAAGUGCGGUGUACCAGAAAAGUACUGGUCCGAACUGGCAAAGAAGAAGAUCGCGGUAUAAAAGGAGAUGAUGCUUGUGCUCCUUCUUAGUAGAAGAACCUCCUAGUGGAGCGAGAUGAUGCUUCUACUUAGUAGAACCUCCUAGUGGACGAGCGGUGAAAGUGAUCUUCAUGAUAGAAUCUAGAGCAGUGAUCUGCAUGAUAGAGUCUAUAGACAUCUACCUAGAACUGGAACGCUUGUUUAAGCGUUUUUUCAACUACUACCUGCGAAUACUACGUGUGAAUCUUCUUCUUCAGACUUCUAGAAGUGGUCUUUGAGAAGGUUCUAUUUCAUCUAGAGCCACAGGUUAACAUGAUUGAUGUUAUUCGCAAAAAUAACAUCGUCAGACAUUCGCAUUCGAUACAGCAAAAUUCACCUUCAUCAAUCAAAUAAUCGAGAACAAAUUUCAACAAAAUUAGAACGUCUACGUCAUGUUUACUAGAAUUGUUAUGUUUACGAUACAGCUCACCUUGAACGGCCUAAACCUUCGCUUAUGAAUAUCUCAGAACUUUCGCAAUAAUUGAAUCUCCUUAGAAACAUCAACGUAUGUAGUAACUUAGAACCAAAUCUUGAUAAAACCUGGACUUACCAUCGUCGAUCACGACCUCGACCUCGAGCAGAUUCAGAUAUUGAGUAUGUGUAUGUCCUUGCCGACGCAGUAGAAAUAUGCUAGAAAAAUAGAAUGAUCUUGAAAUUAUGCAGAACAUUAAUGAAUCUUCAAGUACAAUUGCUACAGGUGGUAAUUCAAUUUUGAAGUUCAAUAGAUUCAUCGAUCUAGUAUUACAAUUAAGAAUGCAAGAACCGUCUCCAAUAUUGUGUAAGAGCGGGGUAGCACCACGUACACGCUUCAGUAGACGUCCGGAGGGGACUACUAAUAAAACGCUAAUUCAAAUUUCUUAUCGCAAAUAGAAUUUCAGACGAAACACUAGAAUGAAUCAUGUACAAAAGAAAUUUCGCAACGCCAAUCUUGAACUAUUGCUGUACCAGAAAAGGAUCGUCAUUGGAACUAAUGCGGGAAUCAGCAAAUUGGAAAAAGUUAAUGCAG